GAGUUACAGGGCUAUAGAUUUUAAUUUAUUUUAUUUAAUUAGUAGCCAUACAACAACGCCUUCAAUAAUAAUAUUAUAGACAGCUUUCUACAGUUAAUUAGAUAACAUAAUUUAUCAUCGUAAAAUUAUUAAAAAGAAUGUUUUGAUACUGGGAUUUAUAAAUAUACGUAUUUUAUUAUUGAGAAAGAUUAGCUAAACGAGCCAAUUAAGAUGGCCGAUAAUUCACCAUCCGCUGGUGAAGAUUUAGUCGAGAAAUUCCAGGAAUGGAACAUAGAUGAACAAACGAUUCAACAUUUUUGCGAUAAUGGGAUAACCUUUGAAUUAUUCAAGACUUUAAACGAUGACAAUUUAAGAGAAUUAUGUCCUCAUUUGGCUACAAGGAUCAUUCUGCGUACUAAAAUGGAAACAUAUAAGAAAGCAGCUCAAGUAACAAACAGUGAAGAAGAUGCGAAUGAUAUGAAUGCUCAUCAACUAAGUCGUGACUCAAAUAACUUCAAUGAACUGUUGAAUAAUCAAGUAGAAAUAAUAGAUCCUUUUCCUGAAUUCAGCUUACAGACGUUAUUAGAUAAUUCACCUGAAGGACGAAAAAUUCGCAAAAAUUAUGAAACACACGGACGAUUACAACCAUCUUCACAACAAGAUCUAGCAGACAUUAUCUGUAGAGAGUUGUAUCCUUGGCUAAAAAGUGGACACAAGCUAAAAAAUUAUCAUUACGCUGCUUUAUUGAGUAAAAUUAAAAAUGAAUUUCCACUCACUUCACUUGGAGUCUUUUAUUCAAGUCCUGUAACAGCUAAAAAUUCUAAAACUGGGAAAUUUGUUCCCGCUCGUGGAAAAUUGCCAGACAAAGUGAAAAAUAUACUAUGGGUACCGAAUAGUGGAAAGAAAAGAAAAAUAUGUGAUUUGAAUGAUAAUCACGACGAAGAUAGAAAAAGUGUUGAAGAAUUGCGUAAAAAAUAUGAAAAAAGUUUAAAAUGGCUUAAACAUCAUUGUAAUCCUUGGAAUCAAGUAAUUACAAAAUGGAAGGAAACAUAUGAAUUAAGAUCUAAAAUGACCUUCUUUACUGUAGCUGAAUUUCUCCAAGAGUGGGCUAUCUUUAAUGAUCAAAGAAGCACUGAAUUGAUAUACAUCGAUUUUAACUCAAUGUAUCCGGGGAAAGAAGAUAUUUUUAUGAACGGUUGGAAUACAUUUUAUUCAAAAUUAAAAUUGUUAAGGUCAGAAAAGUAUAAAAAUGAUAAACUUAUAAAAGCUCUUCGAGAAAAAUUGAAAAAACUGGGUACCACAGAAGCAGAUAUAAAUCUUAAACUCCUCAUCGAAAUGAAAAUCGUUGCCCAUUUGAUUCCUCCCAAAAGUCGCCGAUUCAUUAAUGAUAAAAUUGCAACGCAAGAAGCGAUAGACAGCAUUUUCCAUUUCGCGCCAACUGCAAGUGAUGUUGAGCUGACGAUAUCAAAUGUUCAGAACGAUCAUUAUAAUCGCAAUGAAAGGGUUCAACCGUAUUUAAUUAUACAAGGAUCUAUCGACGAGUUAGAUCAGAUUUUGAUUGUUAUUGAUAAAAUUCGGUAUGAAUGUGAUUCAGUUCUUGUCGCGCUAGAUUGUUUAUUUAAAUUAUACCAUGUGUUCCACGCAGAGUAUCCUAAGUCAGGAAUACAUCUUUAUUUACUGAUUCAGAGAUGUGUUUAUCAAAUAACCACGAAAUACGAUAUUUUACCGGCAAGUAUCAAAGAUACAGUUGAAAUCUUUGAAACGACUGCGUAAAACUCGUAAUUAUACUCGGAUCAAAAGCUAGCCAUGCAUCAACCUGCAUGUAAAAUGUUUGAGCGCAAACAGUAUCAUUUAUUAUCAAUAGUAUACCAAAAUAUAACAUAUACCAAUCUUUUUUUAUUAACAUCAUUCAUUUUUUCAGUUAUUAGAAUUAAUUUUUGUAACUUGACUUAAUAAUAUUUAAUCUAAGAAAAUAAGUUAUUACGUUAUAUAAUAAAUAUUGAUAUAUAAAAAUGUUAUAACU